AUGAAUAUCUGCGACUUUUGCCGACAAAAUGUUUUGGAAUCAAGGAAGGUCUGGGACUAUCAUCAUGUCAGCGCUGUCGCGUUCAAGGAUGCGGCAGAUUCAGGCUGCGUCAUCUGCAAAAGACUGUCUGCGUCUGUUGAGAAUAUUCAACCGUGGUUUGUUGACAGUUCCGCUGCUCUCUAUCGAUGGAACAUGCGCGAAACCCUCCAAGCUACGGAUUUCAAGAGCCAUGUUGCAAUCACCUUCCGCCCGCUUCCCGGUCGACAGCACGGUGAGAAGUAUAGCGAAGACCUCCCGGAACACCAAUUUUACCUGAUCCCAGAAGAUGACCUUGGCUCUAUUCCUAAUGAGACAACAUUGGGUUCAGGGACAAACUCCGAGGCAUCGUUCACGCAGAUGAAGAAGUGGCUCAAUAAUUGCAGAGAGAACCACCCUAGAUGCAAGCCCCGCCACUUCAGCCGUGACUUUAUGCCAACCCGUGUCUUAGACGUCGGUGUCCAAGGUGACCCCUGGCCGCCAAAGCACAUCCGCGUCGUCCAUACCCGGGAAGAUAACAUAAAGGAACAAUACAUGACGCUGAGCCACUGCUGGGGCGAUAAGAAGUUCGUGCGGCUCACAGACAGCAAUUUCAACGACUUCACUACCCGCGGCAUCCCGUGGAAGAACUUCUCUCAUGGGAACGAUAUCUGCAGCAACAAGAACUUCGUGGAAGCGAUUGAAGUCACGCGAAAGCUGGGAGUACGAUACAUCUGGAUCGACUCCGUCUGUAUCAUCCAAGAUCAACCAAGCCACGAGGAUUGGGAGGCCGAGGCAAAACUCAUGCACAAAGUGUACCGCAACUCCUUCUGUAACCUCGCAGCCGCGGUUUCGGAGGACUCAUCAAGCGGGCUUUUUCGGGCACGGAAUUCCGACGUCCUCCCUGUCAAAUAUGGCCCUGAUGUUUCCUCUCACAUGUUUAGUCGCCGCAAAUGGCGAAUCCUUCCCUCCGACCUCUGGGAUAAUGAUCUGCUCGGCAGCCACCUGUACACCCGCGGCUGGGUUUUCCAAGAGCGAAUGCUCUCCCCGCGCCUCCUGCAGUUCGGGCAAGGCCAAAUUUUCUGGGAUUGCGCCACCAUAUCCGCCUGCGAAACACUUCCCGCCGGCCUCCCGCCUUGCAUCGACAUAAAAGCCGCCGUGGACCGACAUUGGCGCCAGCGACUGCAAGACGCUGCCAUAACGGUGCCGUCGCUGGUCAAGACGACCGAGGGCUCCGUCACGAAGUUCUGGGAGAGCGCUGUCAGCGCCUAUACCAACUGCAAGCUCACCCACCAUCGCGACAAAGGCGAUGCCAUGUGGGGCAUCGCGAAGCUCGUGCGCGACAUGGAGGGCGAGGAAUACGCCCACGGGCUGUGGUCGACAUGCCUAGAGGAGCAGCUUGCGUGGCAUGUAGUUGGGCGCCCCGCGGCCGAAUACCCCAAGAUGGAUUGGCCGUCAUUCCCGGCCUGGUCGUGGACCUGCUUGGAUGUGCCGAUUCAGAUCGCUCCAAGGGCCGCGGGCGUACGCCGGUUUUACGCGGCGACAGAUCACAACGGUGGGCCAGUCGCCUUUCGAUUUGAGAAGGUGCUUCGGGGGAGUAUGGUAAGACAGGGCGUCUCCUCGUGGAGAGACGUGCCUGAGUACAUGACGAAGAGGCUUAGUGAUGUUGAUAGAAACCAUGAAAAGGCUUGGAAGAAGCCGGCAAAAAUCCCCGGUACUAUCUUAGCGGGCAGUGGACGGAACCCGGACGUACCCUCGAGGCUGCUUUCUGACGAGAUAGAGGUCCGUGGACAUAUUUGCAAAGGCACCAUUCGAGCCGUACCUGAGGAAAAGCGCUGGGUGAUUGAUAUUGAAGGGGUUCGGGAGGAAGCGGUCAUCGAAGCUUACCCGGAUAUUAAACCCUUGAAGGACGAGGCGCCGUGCGAGUUCCUUGUCCUCGCAGUCUCUAGGGUUCUUACACACAACUGUGGACAAGAGUAUAUCGACCCCGACGAUGAUGAGAGAUAUGAAAUUAGGGCUAUAAGAUAUUCUGGAGUAGGGAUCAUAGUGCAACGGACAGAGUGCGACAUUCUGAGGAGGGUUGGUGCUGUAAAGUUUCGACAGGUGGACUGGGACGACUGGUUUCAAUUCCGGCUGGCUUGUGGAGAAGGUGAGGAGGCACUGAAUGACGGGGAACUUAACGUUGAGAACGGACAGAAAAUCUGGCUUGCUUGA